AAGCACUGAGACAUAUGCGAUAAGAUAUAUAGCAGCGAUGUGUCGCACUUAAAGGCUUCCGUACGUGAAAGACGAAGUUAAACGCGGAUCUCGUUGCCUAGAAAAGGAUCUACGAAACCGCGCCUCCGCCGAGAUCUAACGCCAACUUAACACGGGUCUGUGAAUGCAAAUCAGCAUGCGCCUACGAGAGGUAUGGUGGACCACAGCACUAUUGUUGCUGACGUCUGUCCUUAGUGCGACCCUAGCUUACCCGGACGGAGCCCCGGAAGUCGCGUGUGAUGAUAUGAUGCCGUUCCACAACGGAGCCAGGCAGCUGAACGGCAGCGACUCCCCCUACCGGCUGGUGCAGGAGAAGGCGACCUUCAAAGCUAACGAAUCCUUUACAGUAACCCUUUUCGCCAAGAGCUCGCACUUCAAGGGCUUCUUGGUGAAAGCUUUGGACGAGCAGGGUAACGACAUUGGCCGCUUCCUGCCCGGCGCGAACUACAAGCCGAUGCACGAUUGCUCCGGGGCCACGCACAAGAGCAAGAAGAGAAAGCGUGCCGUCAACUUGCUGUGGCAAGCCCCCGUCGACAAGACCGGAAGCGUGCGCUUCAAGACGACUGUUGUCCACGAUUACCACCUAUUCUACACUGAUCUGUGGAGCACAGUUAAGCUGCGGAAACUUCGGCCUGCUCGCUUUUCUCUUGCAUUCAAUAAACUUCGGUAAAGUA